AGUAGGUGACAAUUUAAUAUGCUAAAGUGGCACUUUUGAACCUCAGUCUUAAUAAAAAGUGUUGAUCACGUGACAUAAAAUGUUCGUAAAAAUAAUGACUGAGAAAGGAAAGGGGAAGACUGGAAAAGAGCCAACUCAAAAUUGGGUUUUAUAUAUUAGAGCUUGACUACCUGUAGUACUACUAGUACUACUACUACUACUACUACUAUUUUUAUUACGCCACAUUUCCACAUUGUGCUAGAUGAAGUCACAAAGAGAUGCCUAGCCGAGUGUGGCAUGGCGACAGUUAAUUGGCCUGAGGCGUGAUGCUUUUUGCAAACUCCAAACAAGAGCAGCUCCUAAGUUCGCCUGUCAUCACAUCACAUGAUUCUACUCUGACUCAAGCACCUAGUCAGGGGGCCACACAAUGGGCAACUCCUCCGGGAAGGGCGAGGGAGACGAGGAGCAGGAGGGGGAGGAGGAAGAGGAGAAAGACGGUGAAGAGGUGGAAAUAGUGCAGAAGAAGAAGAAGAAAAAAGAGGAGGACGCGGAGGAAGAGCUACCGUUAGGGGUGGACGAGUUGCUGGAGAGCGGAGAUCCAGUGUUGGACCUGAGCUACCGUAAAUUUAAGCGUUUACCUGCUCGUUUUUGUGGACUGACACAUGUGGAGAAGCUCUAUAUUUGUGGAAACAGCCUACGUUCUCUUCCCGAAAGCAUCAGCCAGCUGCAAGGUCUGCGGAUUCUCGCCCUGGACUUCAACAAGAUGGAGGAUGUUCCUCUCGCCAUCUGCCAGCUGGCUAACCUCAGCCGCCUCUACUUGGGCAGCAACCGCCUCAUGACACUGCCCCCCGAGCUGAAGAACCUGCGGAGUCUUCGCUGCCUGUGGCUGGAGAGCAACUACUUCCAAUGGUUUCCCAAAGAACUCUAUGAACUUCCAAACCUUAGGUCCCUGCAAAUAGGUGACAACCGACUCAAGACGUUGCCUACUGACCUGUGCUGCAUGGAGACUUUGAGGGGACUGUGGCUCUACGGGAAUCGUUUCCAGACAUUCCCCAAAGUCCUCCUAAGCAUGGAGGGCUUGGAGAUCCUGGACCUUGAUCGCAACAAGAUUUCAGAGUUCCCCAGCCUGAAGCGCAUUCGAUCCCUUCGCCUCUUCUCCUAUGACCACAAUCCGGUUAAGGAGCCUCCUAAAGUGGGCGAGGAGGUGGUAGUGGUCGGGGAAGGUGCUGCAGAGUUCUUGGAGGAGCGUGAGGCCAGGAAGGACAGGCGACGGAAGGAGGCCGAGGAGGCAGCUCUGGCAGGAGAGGACACCAUCAUUCAGGGUAUCUUGAAGAACAGCAGCUCCAAACAAGCCGCCAAUGAGGAUGACUUCAAGGAAGGCAAAGAAAAGGAGGCUGGAUCUCCAAUACUCGAGUACGACGCCGACAAGCUAGAAUAUGAUGAGGAAGCAUUUGAGUAUGAGACGGAAGAACUGAUUUACGAGGGAGAGGGCUUGGAGUAUGAUGGAGAGGAGCUGGAGUAUGACACGGCUCACAUGGAAUACGGGUAUGAGGAGGAGAUGGAGAAGAAGGUGGAGGCUUGAGAUCAAACCUCCAUCCAGACUGAAAGGAUCUGCAGGCAGGUGGACACAAAGGUUUUUUUAGCACUGCUAAUUUUUCAUCUCUUUAUCUGCGAAAAUGAAGGUAUGAGUUUCAUCUCAGGCUACUGAGAAGAAGAGCAGGACUGCGAGUGUGUAUGCAUGCGCACACGUGUGUGUGUGUGAUGGUCGCAUUAUUAAAUUGCCACCCACCUGAGGAAGUCACUGUCAAUCAUUUCUAAUAGAUACAUAAUAAUAUUCUAAAGAAAGCCCACCAGCUACUUUCAGCUGCUUAAAGGUCAAAAAGGGCAACACUUAGUUUUUGCAAAAUGAC